AUGGAACGGCUGUCCAUCAAUCCCUACGUGGUCCGGCGUCUCCAUCCCAGUAACGACCACCUGCCCUUAGACGUUGACGACCAUGUGAUGCGGGAUCUGGCAGGGGGUAGAACCCUGGCGGUUCUUCAUCAGGAAGGGCGCCUCUUUCUCGCUAAUCACUCCUACCAGGCCGCGUAUCCCAAGACACCCGGACGCUGGACAGCCGCCUGCACUGCCUACUUCUUUAUUCAUCCUCGUUCCGGGGAUUUCCUUCCACUGGCUAUCAAGACCAACAUGGGCAGUGACUUUACUUAUACCGCGCUGGAUGACGCCAAUGACUGGCUUUUUGCGAAGAUGGCCUUUAACAUGAACGACCUGUUUCACUCGCAGUUAUACCAUCUAGCAAAUACACAUGAUGUAGCAGAGCCUAUCCACCAGGCGGCCUUGCGGACCAUGAGUGCUCGUCAUCCUGUCCGUGGAUACCUUGAUCGCUGCUCACCCAGUUCCUAG